ACAUGAAAAUAGUGAAAAAAAAAAAUGGGAAUGCGAUUCUCCACUGCCACUGGAGUAAGACUAAAAACUCAUCGCUCUUGUUCCCAUCACGCAAAAAUCAAAUAGCAAUCUUCUUGUUUUAGCUUCUAGUUUCGCAUCGUGUAGAUUACUGCUUUCAGAAUGGGAAAAGACUCAAAGCCAAAGGAGUCUGGAAAGGGAAAGGGGAAACAAGCAGCAAGUGGAAGUGAUGAGAAUGCUUCUAAGGGCAAAGGAAAAGGUGCCAAAAGUGCAGAUGGGCUUGGUACCUGCACCUAUGUCAAAGCAAGGCACAUCCUGUGUGAGAAGCAAGGUAAGAUUAAUGAGGCAUACAAGAAGCUGCAGGAUGGUUGGCUUGAAAAUGGAGAUAAGGUCCCACCAGCAGAGUUUGCAAAGGUAGCCCAGGAAUAUUCUGAAUGUCCAUCAGGAAAGAAGGGUGGAGACCUUGGAUGGUUUCCACGAGGAAAGAUGGCUGGACCGUUUCAGGAUGUAGCAUUUGCCACGCCUAUUGGAGUCACCAGUGCUCCAUUCAAGUCAACGCAUGGGUACCAUAUUAUAUUAUGUGAAGGAAGGAAGAACUGAUCACUGAAUAAGAACAAAGCUGAAUUUCCAUGGCUUUGAAACCCUAAACUGUUGUAUGAUUGGGUGUUGGUUCCUUUUCUUUUUGUGAAUGUGGUUUGAUAAGUUAAACCAACAGAUUUGCCGUAUGCACAAUGAUCUUGCUUUCGACUACCUGGAUAAUUGACAGCAUCUAUGUCACUCUGGAUGGUUUUUCACUUUUGCUUCCCAAGCUUGGAUGUUGAUACAUGAUAGAUUUUGCAACUAUCUUAAUUAGAAUUUCCUUCUGCCCCUUUCA